UGAACUUGAACAAUAACCUAAUACUACCAUUAGCACGUUACACGUAGGACGGUGUGUCGCAUAUCAUAGUUUAUAGAGUUGUAGCAUGCCUAUUUAUUUGUAUAUAUGUAUGUACAAGGAUGAGAUCACUCUAUUGCCCUCCCAGCUCCCCAGGCAAAGCUGCAGCUGCAAGCCUGCAACUAGCUGAUGCGAGACAGUGGUGACCACGCACCGACGAGCAACGAGUGAGACCUCUGCAUCAACGACCAACCGCGAGCCAAGCGACGACCGACACUAGCUAGCUGGUAGCAACCAAGCAGGAUGGCAGCGCAUCACCUCCUCCUGCUGCUCGCCGCGCUGCUCCCGGCGGCGGCAACGGCAGACCCCGACGCCGUGCAGGACUACUGCGUGCCGGACGCCGGCGGGCGCGGGCGGCCGCUGGAGCUGGCGCUGCUGCCGUCGUACCCGUGCCGGAGCCCCGGCAACCUGACGGCGGCCGACUUCGCGUUCGCCGGCGUGCGCGCCGCGGGCAACUUCUCCGCGGACACGGGCUUCGCGGGGGUGUCCGUCACGCCCGCGCAGUUCCCGGCGCUGCACACCCUGGGCGUCUCCUUCGCCCGCGCCGACCUCUCCGCGGCGGGCGGGGUGAACCCUCCGCACUACCACCCGCGCGCCACCGAGACGGCGCUCGUCCUGGCGGGCCGCGUCUACGCGGGCUUCGUCGACUCCGGCGGCCGCAUCUUCGCCAAGGUGCUCGAGAAAGGGGAGGUCAUGGUGUUCCCCAGGGCCAUGGUGCACUUCCAGAUGAACGUCGGCAUCGUGCGCAUCCCGGCCACCGUGUUCGGGUCCGGGAUCAGCGCCGGCGUCCUCGAGAGGGCCUUCGGGCUCUCCCCGGCGGAGCUCCGCCGGCUCGAGAAGAGGUUCGGCCCGCCCAAGACCAAGCUGUCCGAGAUGGACGAUUAAUUAGUUAGUUAUAAUCAGCUGGUGAGGGUGAUCAGAUCAGCCAUUGUGGCGGUGCAUGAUUAAUUACUAUUUUACGGUAGACUUUGUGAAUUGGAGUACAUUUCUUUUGAAUUGUUAAUGUAAUAGUGAUGUAGUAUGAUAUGAAUUAUUAGGCGGUGGUUGUGGUGUGUCGAUAUUGUGAUAUAGACUUGAAUGAUUAGAGCCUUUUGAUUUGGAGGAGGUGUAUGUUGCUACAGAUGGGCAGUUAGGUGUCACAUUCGAUCGAGUGUCAAGGGUCUAUGACAUGUUUAUCCUAAACAAAUUGGUAAAGAAGAUCGACUUUAGUUUGUUGUGGAUCA